AUGGAUGCUGUUUGCAAGAAAAGAGAUAAACUAUUUAGAAGAUUAGUAGAACUGGUAAAACAAACCAAAAAAUUCGAAUCACCGCUUCGCGAACAUUUCGGCACAAGCAGUUCACUGAUCACUGGAGACGAAGAAAAGAGUAUCAACGACACGCUGUCGAGUAAAACGGUCAUAGCUGUGAUCGGUGAGAAGAAUUGUGGCAAGAGUUCACUAAUUAACGAGAUGCUUGGUGUGCAAGUUGUACCUGUUGCUGACAUAACAUGUACGUCGCGAAUCAUAUGGAUCAAAUACUCGGAUACUCCGUAUGUUAGCCUCAACGACCAGACAGGCAAAGAGGUCCCUGGAUCUAAAAGACCACUAUCGGGCAAUGAUUUCUGGGGGGACAGAACCGGUCGCGAUAUGCUGAAAGAGCUAGUUAUAUUGAAAGAGGAAGAUCGUGGUAAAUCCGCUUGUGUAUUUCAGACUGUGAUAAUCGGAUUGAAUCACGAACUUUUGAAAUAUGGCGUUGAGUUAAUUGAUUCCCCAGGGCGUAACGAAAACGAAACGCUGAAUAAAGUGGUAAACGAAGUUAUUUCGAAGAACGAGAUACCAAUAUUAAUCUAUGUCAUUGACGGGAAAUGUUUUUUACGACCAGACGAUCGCAAAAACAUCCAAUACUUUAAAGAAAGAUGUCCAAGAACAAAAUUUUUUUAUGUGUGUAACAAAAUCGACAAUGAUGCAAAAGCCGCUGAAAUGGAUAAAGAAUCUGAUACAGAGGAGGGCGAGGAUGAGGAAGACGGAUGUAAAGAUGAUAAGAUCAUGUCAAUCGCAACAAAAGUGCGUGACCAGCUGAAGGAGCAUCUACUUCUUGAUGAUCGGUCCUAUUUAGGAACAUUCAAUGCCUUGUCUAUGAGAAAAGUGAAAGAGGCACGUACAAAAGGCAAAUGUGCUAACCUCAGGAAAUUCACAGAAGCAUUUGAAAGUUUCAAAAUCGACAUGUCAAAGAGCUUAGAUUCUUAUUUGAUGGAACAGAUAUCUAUUGCAGUGUGCGCGCUGAUGAGAUGUCAUGGACGAUGUUUCUACUGCAUCUCGCAGAAACACGAAGAAUUACAAAUAGAAGAGAAGGAAAUGGCACGAGUUCUACAAAGUGCUCGGUCAGCAGAACUGGAUAUCUAUCAACGUUCAACAACAUUCGUGGAAGCGAAAAACGAACAAUUGAAACAAAUAAUUGCAGUUGCAAUUGACAAAGCGAGACAAGAUGCGAUGGAAAUGGCUCCAAAACUAGUGCUCAAUAAGAUAACUGCCUACGAACUGUUGUUGCUACACCCUGAUGUAACAGAAAAGUAUCCGAAUGGUGUACCAAGUGGAGGAAACUUUUCACAAAUGCACACCCUCUGUCACGAACUUCGCAACAUAAUCGUUAACAGUGUUUCAAACAACGUUGAAGUACAAGUAGAUAAUUUGCUUGAAAAUGAAGCGUCCUGUGAUCUGCUGCCAAAAGUUGUGGAAACCAUGGAGGCUUUAGAUAAUCCUACUUUGAAGAGAAACCUAGAAUCCAUUUAUCAGUUUGUUGGUAACGACAAUGACUACAAAGAAGCCACUGGAUUCUCUCUUACCAACCUGGUAUACGCGCUGGUGUCUGCAGCUAGAGAGAACUUGAGGUUUGAAUUGCAGAAUACCUAUUCCCUCCUAGCAAUCAUCGAGAUUGCUCUACAGGAGAAAAGGAAUAAUCCACGUGGGUCACCGGCACGAACAGCAGUUGUCAACAUAUUGAUUUCGCAGCUGGAUGCAAAUCGACUAGCUGACAGCGUGGUGGAUGCAUGUAAGAAUAAAAUGGAGAGCUACCAUACAACGUUUGAAACAUCACUGAAACAGAUCGAAUUCUUCAAAGAGGAUAUACAGAUACAGAGCAGAGAACACCUAGGCGCAUCUGCAUCAAGGGUUUUAUCAAUGCUGGCACAAUUAGAAAUCGAGAACCAUGGAAUUAAAUUUGAAGUUACAAGAGGCGAGCUAAAGAGAGGGAAAUUACUGUAUCGUGGCCAAAAUUGCACAUUGCAUUUGUGUGAUAAGAGCUGGAGUUUUAUAAAUGAAACACAGUAUAUCAUGCGUGUAAUUCAACGUAUCAGUGAUGAGUCAUGGAUGGAGAGUAUCACCAGUCUAUACUAUGCAUAUAAUUGCAAGCGAAGUAGCCAUCUAAUUGGAAUAUAUGGAUGGACUAUGCCAAACCCCGAUGUGUUACAAGUGGUGACGGAGCGGGCAGCUACCAGUUUGGAUAAGGCAAACUCUGGCUUGUCUACUCACCAGAAAUUGUCAGUGAUGCGUGAUGUUGUGUGUGGUUUAGAUGCGAUUCAUUCCAGUGGCUUCAUAUAUAACAACCUUGCAGCCAAACAGGUUUUGUUAAUGGAUGACAAUCAAGCGAAACUGAAUAUAUGCAGUGGAAACUUUGAAGUUCUUCGUGGUCAGGGGCCAAACUUGGACAUCGACAAAAUUGCUGAGUUGAUGCUAUGGAUGUUUGGACUCCAGGUUCCUGCCACUGCCGUGUCAACUUUGGGGUCGAUUAAGCCAUAUAAGUAUAGUGACGGUGUAUGGGAAUUAAUUCGUCGCUGCCAAUCUCCGCGGAAGGACAUCACCAUAAAAGGAAUCAUCAAAGAACUUGAUAUUUUACUUAACUGA